AUGAGUCCCACGCCUCCAGUGACCCGGGGUGGGUUUGAAUACUACAACCAUGAAUUCUACGCUAUCUCGAAUAACAAACCCUACCGUCGCUACAGCGUAGCUGAACUCAAGGCCUUUUUCUUCUCGUCCUCCUCGAAAACGUCUGUUCAAGACCAACCUGCUCACUGGUACCGAGCUCAGCUCCUUCACUAUGGUCUUCAGCCAUCAGAUCGCAAGGGCACGGCGAUGUUGCGACUUGUAGAUGCAUUGAAUCAUGACACGCUCGAAGUGCCUGCUCAUAUUCAAAGGCUGGAAAAAGAACUGAAACAGGAGUGGGAUGCGAACCAGAAGAGAGCGAAGGAAACUUCUCGCAAGCCAGCAAAACGCAAAGCUAAUACUGCUUCUGAAGACGCGAUCGACCAAAAUGACCUUGCUGCUAUCCUGGCCGCUGCAAGGGCCGCAGGACCUAGCUUGAACAUCAAUGUCAACCUUGGGAUCGCUCACGAUGGAAAGGGUCAACCCCCUUUGAAACGAAUCAAGACUGAAGAGAAGCAGAGGAAGGAAGCGAAACCCAGGGAGAAGCCAGCGCAGACAAAUUAUGGAGAGAUAAGUAAAGGAGAUUCCAAAAUUCCUCAAACGCAACGGAUAUCGCUCGGUCUUCUUAACGGAUCAUACAAGAUCGACUCGCAAGAAGUCAACACUCGCAAUUCAGGAAUGAUCCUCUGUCUGGACAGGACGAGCAUCUGGGGUGAAUUUCAGAUCGGUGAACUGGAAGGCAUUCUCUUUAUGCCGCAGCGUCCUUACCAAGUGACUUCUUCAAGCGAAGGUGGCUGCUUCUUCAAAUGGCGCGGUGUUGAUCAGGUAAGCGGCGAGGUUUAUGCGGAUCCCAGCUGUACUGGCGAGAUGAGGUUUCUGGGAAAUGGAGAGAUCGAGGGGACAUUCAGCAACGUGCCUGACAUGUAUACCGACUACAUUGACUGUCACUUCUGGGGUCAUCGCACGUCCGACAAGAAUGAGGCUCGAGCGCCGCGGGACGCUUGGACGUCCGCGCACCCUGUAAACGAUCGUGCUCUUAUUUUACUGGCCAGUCGCAACAUCCAUCUUCCCCGCGGUCCUUUCCCCCCACCCAACAUCCCGUUUGUCUUUGCCAUUCAUCCUUGGGCACAAGACACCCCGCCAUCGACAAUGCAAGCCGUCCCUGAAUCGCGACAACAGACAUUUGAGGAGAUCUACGGGCCUCCCGAGAACUUUCUCGAGAUUGAGGUCCGUAAUCCCCAGACCCAUGGCACAUCCCGCAACAUGUACACUUCGUACGAGAUCGUCUGCCGAACAAACAUCCCCGCCUUCAAACUGAAGCACUCUGUCGUGCGCCGACGGUACUCCGACUUUGAAUACUUCCGCGAUAUCCUGGAGCGCGAGAGCACGAGAGUCACGAUCCCGCCCUUGCCGGGGAAAGUGUUCACAAACCGGUUCAGCGACGACGUAAUCGAGCAUCGUCGGGAGGGGUUGCAGCGGUUCUUGCAGAUCGUUGCCGGUCAUCCGCUUUUGCAGACGGGGAGUAAGGUACUAGCGAGCUUUAUACAGGAUCCAAACUGGGACCGCAAUGCUUGGUGA